CGCCGCCGGCGGCCGGCGGUUAGAGGCGUGCCCUGGACCCCGAUUCCGGCAUCCGGCCCCGCUCCGCCCCGCCAGACCCGGACUCCGAGCCGUUGGCGUCCAGAGAUGAACAGCAAUGACUCCUCCCUGAUGGCUGGGAUCAUUUACUACAACCAGGAAAAGUACUUCCACCACCUGCAGCAGGCCGCGGCCACGGGCCUGGAAAAAUUCAGCAAUGACCCUGUGCUGCAGUUCUUUAAGGCCUAUGGAGCCUUCAGGGAAGAGCACAUCCAGGAUGCCAUCAGCAGCCUGGAGAGCCUCCGGAAUCACCCAGACGUGUCCCUGUGCUCCAUCAUGGCCCUCAUUUAUGCUCACAAGUGCUGUAAAACCAUCGACCAAGAAGCGAUUCAGGAGCUGGAGAGCAGCCUGAAGGAAAUCCGCAAGACGGCCAGCUGGAUUGCCCUCUACUACGCCGGCCUCUUCCUCUGGCUCAUGGGCCGCCAUGACAAGGCCAAGGAGUACAUCGACCGCAUGCUGCAGCUGUCCAACGGCGCCAGAGAGGGCUACGUGCUGAAAGGCUUGGUGGACCUCACCUCAGACAAGCCCCAAACUGCGAAGAAAGCCAUCAAGUACCUGGAACAAGGAGUUCAGGACAACAAAGAUGUGCUGGGGCUUUUGGGAAAGGCGAUGUACCACAUAACCCAGCAGAACUACUCGGGGGCCCUGGAGGUGGUGAACCAGAUCACCGUGGUCUCGGAGAGCUUCCUGCCCGCCUGGAUCCUCAAGAUGAAGCUGUUCUUGGCUCGGCAGGACUGGGAGCAGGCGCUAGAAACAGGACACAGAAUCCUAGAAAAAGAUAAAAGAAAUAUCGAUGCCUACCAAAUUCUAGCUGUGCACGAGCUUGCAAGAGAAGGAAACAUGACCACAGCUGCCGAUCACAUUAGAAAUCUGAUUAAGGCACUAGAGACAAGAGAACCCCAAAAUCCAAGCCUCCAUCUUAAAAAAAUUAUUGUGGUUAGCAGACUGUGUGGGAGGCACCAGAUGAUUCUACAGCUAGUGUGCAGCUUCAUCGAACGUACCUUUCUGGCCGCACCCACCUACACCCACCUGGCCAUAGAGCUGGGCUACCUCUUCAUCCUGCAGGACCAAGUGAAAGAGGCAUCUGUGUGGUACUCGGAGGCUAUGAAAGUGGACGAGAACAGUGUGGCCGCCUUGACAGGGAUCAUCUGGGCCCAGAUCCUAGAGGGCCACCUGGAGGAGGCCGAGCACCAGCUGGAAUUCCUGAAGGAGGUGCAGCAGUCCCUGGGGAAGUCAGAGGUGCUGGUUUUCCUCCAAGCCCUUCUGGCGUCCAAGAGGCACAAGGGGGAGCAGGAGGUGACGGCGCUCCUGCAGGAGGCGGCCGAGCUGCACUUCUCCUACAUGCAGGGCCUCCCCCUGGGCCCCGAGUACUUCGAAAAGCUGGACCCCCUCUUCCUGGUCUGCAUCGUCAGGGAGUACCUGCUCUUCUGCCCCAAGCAGCCCCGGUCGCCAGGCCAGAUCGUGUCUCCACUUCUUAAGCAAGUUGCGAUGAUCUUGACUCCUGUCGUGAAGGCAGCACCAGCUCUGAUUGGCCCCUUGUAUGUGAUGGCUCAGAUCAAGUAUCUCUCAGGGGAAUUAGAGAAUGCCCAGAGCACCGUGCAGCGCUGCCUAGAGCUGGACCCCGCCUCCGUGCACGCCCACCUCCUCAAGUCCCAGAUCUACCUGGCGCAGGGCAACUUUGCCAUGUGCUCCCACUGCUUGGAGCUGGGCGUCAGCCACAACUUCCAGGUCCGAGACCACCCCCUCUACCACUUCAUCAAGGCCAGGGCCCUCAACAAGUCUGGGGACUAUCCAGAAGCCAUCAAGACCCUGAAAAUGAUCAUCAAAUUACCAACUCUGAAGGCGGAAGAAGGCAAGAAGGUCCGCGGGCCUUCUGUGGGGCCCAGUGAGCGGGCAUCCAUCUUACUGGAGCUGGCAGAUGCCCUCCGGAUGAACGGGGAGCUGCACGAGGCCACCAAGGUCAUGCAAGAUGCCAUCGACGAGUUCAGCGGCACGCCGGAGGAGACCCGCAUCACCAUCGCCAACGUGGACUUGGCCCUGAGCAAGGGGAACGUGGACAUGGCGCUGAGCAUGCUGAGGAACAUCACGCCCAAGCAGCCCUACUACACGGAAGCCAAGGAGAAGAUGGCCAGCAUCUACCUGCACAUCCGCAAAGACGUCCGCCUCUACAUUGGGUGCUACCGGGAGCUCUGUGAACAUCUGCCUGGCCCCGACACCAGCCUGCUGCUGGGCGAUGCCUUCAUGAACAUUCUGGAGCCCGAGAAGGCCCUGGAGGCUUACGACGAGGCCUAUAGAAAGAACCCACACGACGCCUCCCUGGUCAGCAGAAUCGGGCGCGCUUAUGUGAAGGCCCACGAGUACACCAAGGCAAUCAACUUUUAUGAGGCAGCCCAGAAGAUUAGCGGACAGGACUUUCUGUGCUGUGAUCUGGCUGAGCUGCUCCUGAAGUUAAAGAAGUUCAACAAAGCAGAAAAGGUUUUGAAGCAGGCACUGGAACAUGACGCAGCCACAGACAUCCCAUCCAUGAUGAAUGAUGUCAAGUGCUUCCUUUUGCUGGCAAAGGUCUACAAGAGCCAUAAGAAAGAAGAUGUGCUGGAAACCUUGAACAAGGCCCUGGACCUCCAGUCUCGGAUACUGAAGCGUGUUCCGCUGGAGCAGCCGGAGAUGAUCCCCUCCCAGAAGGAGCUGGCAGCCUCCAUCUGCUUCCACUUUGGGGAGCACUACGUGGUGGAGAAGGAGUACGCCAAGGCGGUGCGGUCUUACAAGGAUGCCCUCUCCUACUCGCCCACUGACAACAAGGUGGUGCUGGAGCUGGCGCGGGUCUCGCUACUGCAGGGACAUCUGGACCUGUGCCAGCAGUACUGUGCAGUCCUCCUGGAGACCGAGAAGUACCAUGAGACCGCCUGCGUGAUGAUGGCAGACCUGAUGUUUAGGAAGCAGGAAUACGAAGCUGCCAUCAACCUCUACCACCAAGUCCUGGAGAAAGCGCCAGACCACUUUUCCGUGCUGAAUAAACUAAUUGAUCUGCUACGAAGAAGUGGCAAGCUCGAAGAUGCCCCUGUCUUCUUUGAAUUGGCCAAGAAGAUGUCUAGCCGCGUGCUUUUGGAGCCAGGGUUCAACUACUGCACAGGCAUCUACCACUGGCAUAUAGGGCAACCCACUGAAGCCCUCAAGUUCCUAAACAAAGCUCGCAAGGACAGCGCUUGGGGCCAGAGCGCCACCUGCUACAUGGUGCAAAUCUGCCUGAACCCAGACAACGAGAUAGUGGGAGGAGAGGCCUUCUACAACUUUGUGCCCGAGAGCAUGCUCACCGAUGCCUCCAGUGCCUCCAGCAGGAAGGAGUCAGAGCAGCUGGGCGUGCGCACCGCUGAGAAGCUGCUGCGGGAGUUCCACCCGCACACGGCCUGGGGCCAGACGCAGCUGCAGCUGCUGCAGGGCCUCUGCCUGCUGGCCACCAAGGAGAAGGCGAACAUGGAGGCCGCGCUGGGCACCUUCGUCCAGAUGGCACAGGCUGAGAGGGACAGCGUCCCCGCGCUGCUGGCCAUGGCGCAGGCCUACAUGCUGCUGAAGCAGGUCCCCAAGGCCCGCACGCAGUUGAAGCGUCUGGCCAAGGCCCCGUGGGCGCUGGCUGAGGCCGAGGACCUGGAGAAGAGCUGGCUCCUGCUGGCCGACAUCUACUGCCAGGGUGGCAAGUUUGACCUGGCCUCAGAGCUGCUGCGGCGCUGCGUGCAGUACAACAAGUCCUGCUACAAGGCCUAUGAGUACCUGGGCUUCAUCAUGGAGAAGGAGCAGUCCUACAAGGACGCAGCCACCAACUACGAGCUGGCCUGGAAGUACAGCCAUUACGCCAACCCUGCCGUCGGCUUCAAAUUAGCUUUCAACUACUUGAAGGGCAAGAAAUUCGUGGAGGCCAUUGAAGUCUGCCACAAUGUCCUCGGGAAGUACCCCAACUACCCCAAAAUCAGAGAAGAAAUUUUGGUAAAGGCCCAGGGGUCCCUGAGGGCCUAGCUGUGGUCAGUGGGAGCCAGGUUGGGUGGAAGCCACCAACCUACGGACAUUUCACGGAGGGGGCGGGAUGUGGGCCAGUGGAGAAGAGAUUCAGAAAAUGACAUAUUCUUCCCCGUGUCAGUGUCGUGUGCUUUAUUUGAGCCAUACCUCCUCUGGUCUAAAGGGCGCCCUGAAGCUUUAUGUGCUUAAGGCACAAGAAGCAGUUUUGCUCUGGGGAACAAGGACAACAAGCAGCUUAGCUUCCCCUGGGCUCACUGGGCACCCCUCUUUUAGAU